AUGUAUCUUGGAGAUGCAGAAGUAUUCCGUACAUCGACAGCUGAACCAACUACGAAUGGGAUUGUCUGGACAUACAUUAAGGAGAUGUCUCAGUACAAUGCACUGUGGAAGGAACGACAAAAGCUAAUAUUUGAUCUUGGUAAUUUGAUAUCCGACGUUUACACAGGGAGCUUCAAUGUCACACUUGCUGCCGUCUUUUCUCAACGGGGCACCAUCAGAACAGCGGACAUGGUUCUGCCGAUAUCAGCAGGCAAAUCAGCGUCUAAUGCAUCAAGUGCCUUCAUUGUGCCUUCAGACAAUGUGGAGAUAGCCUACAAAUUUCCCUCCAACACUGCACGUGCCGUUGUGUCGAUUUCUGCAUGUGGACAGUCCACAGAGGAGUUCUGGUGGUCUAAUGUGUUCUCGCCCGACACAGAAUCAUUCAUCAACACGGUGGGCGAACUCUACGGAUAUUCUCCUUUUCGUGAAAUUCAGCUCUAUAUCGACGGUCUGCUUGCUGGGGUCAUCUGGCCAUUCCCAAUUAUCUUCACAGGGGGCGUCUCACCCGGCUUCUGGCGUCCAAUAGUUGGAAUUGAUGCUUUUGACCUGCGACAGCCCGAGAUAGACAUCUCACCAUUUCUUCCUCUUCUGACCGAUGGGCGAGAACAUUCUUUUGAAAUAAAGAUUGUCGGCUUGGAAAUUCAAGCGAACGGAACUGCCAGACUUUCUGAUACUGUCGGCUCAUACUGGGUAGCCACAGGAAACAUCUUUUUGUACCUCGAGGGGAAUGCAUCGUAUUCAAGAACUGAUCAAUCCGAGAAGGAGCCUCAAAUAACCGCGCCGACACCACAGUUUACAAUUACGCGACUUCUCACCAAAGAUGAGACAGGCGUUAACGAUACACUCUCGUACUCUGUUGUUGCUGAAAGGACUCUCAGUAUCACCUCGACCCAAUUCUCUUGGAAUCAGUCCUUGAAGUACUCUAAUUUGGGUCUGCUGAACCAGCAAGGAUUGAGCCAAGCGAAUCGCCAACUCACAUCUGGGAGAAUAUUAGCUGCAGAAAUUGGAGUCAACGGAUCUACUGAUGAUCUGACCUUCGAAUAUCCUUUAUUUGUCAACACAACAUAUGGUAUCACUGACACUGGGCUCACCAUAAACGCACAAAUGAAUAGAGGUCUUGAUAUAGCGGCGACAGGAGUUACUGGUAUCUCUACCUAUACUCUGACUUCGGGCCCGUCGCGGUUGCACACUAGACAAUGGGGCAGCGCAUUCUACCAUUCAGUCACAGGUAGAGUGCCUGAUAGUCUAGCCUCUGCUUUCGCGCAAAGCGGGCAACUCGAGAGCGAUGGUCCUCCCAGCAAGCGUCGCAAACUGACAUCAGCACCCCAGAGUCUUCGAGACGUGAACGGCGCCUCGGAGAAUGGAGUCCCCAAUGGAUAUAUUGCCUUGGCGCGUUUUGAUCUAAACCUGAAAUUCGCUCGCGCAAAUCCUCUUCUGGAGGGACACAUUGAUGAUCCUUUCAGGCCAUUACGCCGGCUUCCUGUCGUUCUUCAGACUGCCAGAAAUUCCCGACAUCUGGCCGGUUCGCCUCCAGAGUCGACCUUUUAUGACUGUUUCGAGCUAGAGAUAGCUACAUUGCCAGAGCGAGAGACCGUGUACGGAGAGUCUUCGACUAGUCCUCAGUUGCUAGAAUUUGGAAAAUAUCUCGAAUCCGCCCAUCGCCUUGUUUGCGCCGAUCGAUAUCAUAAGAAGGUUCCGACCGCUUGUUAUCAGUGUACUCUCCAUUGUUUAAAGGAUAGAAAGUCAUUUCGCCUCGAAACAAUCAUUUUAUGGAGAGAUUCUCUGGAUAUCAUCGAUGAAAAGCUACUAAACGCUGGGGCGCUUGAAACGUUUGCGAAAUAUGUGCUACAGCGUGAUACCGAGAAGGUGUCAGAUCAUGCGUGUAACUUGUAUAACAAGUGGCGCAAUGUGGGCUUUGCAUCACGAGCUAUCUGGUCGCCUCGAGACUUCUACGAUAAUGUCCAUGUUCCUCAAGACACACCCGAGUCAUCUGCAGAGAUCGAGUCUGACUUGAUACAUUGUCAACUUUAUCCAUUCCAAAGGAGAGCAGUACGAUGGUUACUCGAAAGGGAAGGUGUGGAACUUCAGAAGAAUGGACAAGUGAUUCCUCUGGAGAACAAAUCGGUUGGUGAACUGCCCGCUUCAUUCGAGAAGCUUACAGACGCUGAGGGGAAAACAUACUAUGUCAGCCUUUUGUUCAUGACCGUCACGUCCGAUCUUUCCAAUUGGUACGCACCGGCGGACUAUCUCAAGGGCGGUAUACUUGCUGAAGAGAUGGGACUGGGCAAGACUGUGGAAAUGAUUAGUCUGAUUUGUCUCCAUCGUCGUUUCCUGCAUCCUGCUAUGGACCUUGACAUCGAUGGAAUGAGACAAUCCGGUGCAACGUUAAUCAUCACCCCCCCUGCUAUUCUCCAGCAAUGGAUGCAGGAAAUUCAGUUGCAUGCACCGGCUUUACACGUUCUUCACUAUACAGGUAUAAGUCGCCAUCAGAAACUUUCAGACCGCGAACUUGUUGAACUACUUGCCGAUCAAGAUGUCGUUCUCACCACCUAUGAUGUCCUUGCACGGGAGAUCCAUUACUCCGUUGAUGCUCCAAGACGUAAUAUGCGGCACGAGAAAAGAUUUCAGCCACGAAAAACACCUCUUGUCAGAAUCUCAUGGUGGCGAGUCUGUCUUGAUGAAGCUCAAAUGAUUGAGAGCGGUGUAAGCAAUGCGGCAAAGGUCGCACGUCUGAUACCUCGCCAGAAUGCAUGGGCUGUGACCGGUACACCUCUUCGGAAAGAUAUCUCUGACCUUCUUGGUCUUUUGCUUUUUCUUCACUAUGAGCCGUUUUGUGGGUUCGUGUGGAAUAGGCUGUGUGGAUCAUUUCAGUCUGUGCUAUCUGGCAUUGUCAGUCGGGUCGCUCUUCGGCACAGCAAAGACCAUGUUCGCAGUGAGCUUGAUCUGCCGUCUCAAAAGAGAUUUGUGAUCACUAUUCCUUUCACACCGGUUGAAGAACAACAUUACGGACAGUUGUUCGAGCAGAUGGCCGAAGAUUGUGGCCUAGAUCUGUCCGGUGCACCACUAAAAGACGAUUGGAAUCCCGAGGACCAAGCCGUUGUAGAGAAGAUGCGGAGUUGGCUAAUGAGGCUCCGUCAAGCAUGUCUCUAUCCGGCUGGAAGUAGUCGCCGUGUCUUAGGUUUCGGUGGCGGUCCGCUACGCUCUGUGGCCGAGGUUCUUGAGAUAAUGAUCGAUCAAAACGAUGCUCUUGUCCAUGCAGAAGAGCGCGCUCUCGUUCUGUCUCAGCUCCGACGGGGGCAGCUACUGGAAAAUGCCUUGCUUCGUCAACAAGCACUUGAUCUUUGGACCAAGUCGUAUGAACGGUCCAGUGCACUGGUCAAGGAAUACCGCUCCCGGCUGGAGUUGGAGCGUGCUAAGAGUCAAGCCAUGUCUAACGGCGCGAGCCAAGGCGCAGCGACAGAUGAUCCAGCGAGCGAUAACGAAGUUGACGAGGCGGACAAGAACACUCGCGUUGGUGCGUACCGUCAAAGGCUGCGUGCUGCCCUUGAGAUCCAGCACAUUUCGAUAUUCUUUAUUGGGAAUGCGUUUUACCAGAUCAGGACAGAUCCGAAGCUCACUGAACUGGAAUCGGAGGAAUUCAAACGCCUCGAGAAACGUGAAACCGAAGCCUAUGAAGAGGCCAAAUUGAUUCGGAAUGAGAUGCUGACUGAUGUUUCUCGUAAAGUUGCUCGAUAUAUGAGAGUGAUCAAAGAGAAAUCAGAAAGGAAGCAGUUUGUGGUUAUUCCUAAGAUGAAGCCACAGCUUUAUAUUAAAGGACUGGAGUCCCGCCGCAUAUUCGACAGAUACGAGGAGUUUUGUGAAGUGCUGAACAAACACGCUGCCCAGUACAAUGAAUGGCGAGAUAUCAUGGUCAAGUUACUUUCACAGUCGCUCAUUGACCAGGAGGAUGAAUCAGAGCUUGAAGGAAACGAGUACGAAAGGUCAACAAAGCAUCAAGACGAGAUGUAUGUUUAUAUGGAAGCUCUGCGCGCCACGUUUGCAGACCGCCACGAUGCUCUCACCGGUCAGCAGAACGUCCUCAUCGCUCACGAGGUGAAAAGUGGAAUUAUUCAAGCUCAGCAAGGCGAGGGGCCGUCUCCGGGGCUCUUUCUUUCGGUGAUGAACACCCGCAGUGCCCUGAAACCCCCGCCUGCGCUUGGUUCUCUUCGUGGCAUCAUCAGCGAGCUUCGCAGUCUUGCGACCUCCCUUGAAUGGCAAGGAAGUGGGGGAAGCUCUCGCGCUCUUGCCGAGUUGGAACUUGUCAACUCAGUCCUGCAACAUGCUGCCAAGAUGGCUGCUGAUCAGAACAAAGUGUCAUCGAAUCUGGAGAGAGAAGUGGAGAUGUUCCGGGACACUAUGAACAACCGCCUUGAGUACUACCGUCAGCUGCAACAAAUAUCCGAUACCGUUGCUCCUUACGACGAGGAGAGCGUCGGUAAACCGUUGGAUGAAAAUCUAUUUGCAGCAAAGCUCAAGCAAGAGAACGAUAUAGAUGCGAAGAUAUCCACCCUGAGAGCGAAACAUCGUUAUCUUCUACAUCUGAGAGACGACUCAGGAGUCGAUACUGCAUCGAGAAUAUGUGUUAUAUGUCAAUCCAGCUUCGAAAUUGGGGUCUUGACCGUUUGUGGCCAUAAAUAUUGCAAGGAUUGUCUGCGCCUAUGGUGGAACCAACAUCGCACCUGUCCUACCUGCAAAAAAAGACUCAAGUUCAAUGAUUUUCAUCAGAUCACCUACAAACCCGAAGAGUUUGUGGUGCAGGAGGAGAAAACACCCAAAAUAGAAUCAGGUCGAUCAUCGAACAGCUUCAUUUACGCUGACAUCAGUUCGGGGACGCUCAAAGAGAUUAAGAACAUUGACCUUGACGCCUCGUUUGGCACCAAGAUCGACACUCUGGCCCGUCAUAUUCUUUGGCUACGCGAGCAUGACCCUGGUGCGAAAUCGAUUAUAUUCUCUCAAUAUAAGACCUUCCUUGAGGUGUUGGGUACCGCUUUUGCGCGAUUUAAGAUUGGGUACAGUAGCAUCGACAAUACAGAUGGUAUAGAGAGAUUCAAGAGCGACCCAGCGGUCGAAUGCUUCUUUCUACAUGCUAAAGCGCAGUCGUCCGGUCUUAACCUGGUCAACGCUACUCAUGUUUUUCUCUGCGAACCACUUGUCAAUACUGCGAUUGAGCUUCAGGCCAUCGCCCGUGUGCAUCGAAUCGGUCAGCAUCGGCCUACUACCGUCUGGAUGUAUCUCGUGUCCGAUACGGUGGAACAAUCAAUCUACGAGUUAUCAGUCUCUCGCCGCCUAGCUCAUAUUGUCCAGAAGGAGAAGGUGAAAGAGGCACUGGACGACCCAGGAGCCGUAUUCGAAAAUCUGACUGAAACAGCCAUUGAUUCGGCAAAUUCCUUGGAAGUACAAGAUGCGACGCUGGCAAAGUUGAUGACAAAGGGAGCAGCCGGCGGAGAGCUCGUGAAGAAGGACGAUUUAUGGCAAUGCCUUUUCGGCAAUGCCACCCAGAAGAUGGAUUUGAGGGCGGACGGGGAGGUGGCAAGGUUUUUGCGAGGUGACGCAGCAGAGAAAAGAAGGGCUGCUGCUUCUUCAUGA